AUGCAUGACAGUGAGGUGAGUUAUAAGGCAGCUUGUGCUUCAAAACGCAGAGCACCACGAUGCUCACUUGAUUGCUCCGUGGACAAAGCUCGAGUUUGGGAAGCGGGAAAGUGACAUGCCAGCGUUUACUUCUUGCCAGAACGUCUAUAAGGAACCAGAGGAGUGAGAUCUGAGAGAAGUGCAACUACUAGGGAGAUUCCAAGUUUUCAUCGUCUGGUUGCUCUCUAAGCUUCGGAAGACUCAGUUCAAAGCGAUCCCCUGUGGUUUUGAGAAGCCGUUUCCCUUUAGGUUGACAGCCUGCCCCAAUCUCAACAACAGACGACUUGAGCCUCCUGCAGUCUGAUUGCGCAGCAGCCCGGGUCAGCACUCUGCGUGCUCCAGCCUUCACAGCUAUUGACGCUUCACUUGCUGACUGAACCACAUGCCCACAAGCGCCUGCACCUUCUAUUUGCAACGGUCCGUGGACCCCCUCUCAUCGCUUGCCGUCAAACUAUCAGAGCAUUCUUGGUGCCUUAUGGCGCUAUGCUGCAAACAAAUACCAGCCCAUCCCUGACGUGGUCGGUGUGCCUCGCAAUGUCAAGAGCCUCCCUGCCCGUGCCAUCGACUCUACCCUACGCAAAACCACCACGGGGUCGUUUGAGGAGCCAAAGCCCGAGAAGCCGCACGCAAAGAUGCUGCGUGCGAUCAAGGUGAGCAGUCUCCAGAUAUGUGCGACGACGCUGGCAUAGCUGAGUACUGUCUACUCUCUGGCCAGGACCUGCGCGAUGCCUCUCGCGAGAUGACGGAGGAGGACGUGGCUGUCUGGGGAGGUCUCCUCCACAAACCUCUUCAGCAGCUCUGUGCCGACUUGCCUACCUCCGUGGAGAACAUGCACUGA